CUUCGGACGUGCACCGCUACCGCCUCAUGUUGUCCCUUGCUGGACACCUACCUGCUUUUUCUUUUUGCCUGAGGAAGGGCUUUCUGAGGCGUUUCCCCUCCCACUGGGCCUACGGCAGGCCCUCAGCUUCUUACUGAAUGACUCUGGGUUAACGUCACUUCCCAGUGUGACGGUGAGCUCAGCUCCCAUGUGCCUGUACAUUGAUCCGAAGUGACUAUGGUACUUCUCACUCUGAUGCCAUGCGAGAUGGCUGGGGACUGCCCUCAAAGCCCCCGUGGCUGCAGUGUACCCCAAACCACCAGUUCCUUGUUCCAGUGGGUUAAGACAGUGCUCUUGCUGGGAACUGCUGGGCCCUGGAGACUUCAGGUUUCCUAACUGAGCACUUAACUUUGAGAAAUCUAGAGAAAUGUUUCUCAAACAUUUUUUAAACAGUGGCUCACAGUAAGAAAUACAUUUUACAUCCUCAAAUACGUACCUAACUAAAAAUUUUCACAGGACAAUACUGACAGAUCCUGUGCACGUGGUAGGUAGUUUCUAGUUAUUUAUUUUGUUUUGUUUUUGUUUAAAAAAAUCGAUAGAAUGGCCCACCAAUAGCUCAUGACCUGCAGUUUGGAAAACACUGGUCUCCAGCAUUUGAUUCACUUAAUCAUUACAAUACUUUGAAAAUGUCUCAAGAUGGUGAGACUAGCAUAGAUUCUUCACAAGGCUCCACACAGUUCUGGUUUCUUUGAGGCCAUUUCUGAAAAUCCUUCAUUCUGUCAUUACUUAUUUGGAAAAGAAAUUGGGACCACACCGAGCAUCGCAGGCGUUGCAAACAGUUACAGGCGUUGCUAAUUUGCGGCUCUGGAGCUCUGGAGUGGCCGGCGGUUAAUCGCGCUUUUGCAGGUGUGCGCUGUUCGCCCGAGUCCCAGGGCCCUUUGGCAAGCCAUGUGGUUCUUUCCCGGCAACAUUUGCAAACCCCGUGUAUCUGAUGAUUCAUGUCUGUUUUCUCCGAAGAAGAUAAAAUAAUAUUUUGAAACUCUACCCUGCUUUUCCACAGGGUGUGCAGAUCUCCAGACCCUGGACACCAUGCAGCCAGUGGAGAGGAAAAGGCAGGGCUACAUUCAUGAGCUAAUUGAGACUGAGGAGCGGUACGCGGAUGACCUUCAGCUCGUCGUGGAGGUUUUUCAGAAACGAAUGGCAGAACCAGGUUUUCUCACUGAAGGAGAAAUGGCCUUGAUCUUUGUUAACUGGAAGGAGCUCAUCAUGUCGAACACGAAGCUGCUGAAGGCCUUGCGAGUACGGAAGAAGACUGGGGGUGAGAAGAUGCCCGUGCAGAUGAUUGGGGACAUCCUGGCAGCUGAGCUGUCCCACAUGCAGGCUUACAUCCGGUUCUGCAGCUGUCAGCUGAAUGGAGCAGCUCUUUUACAGCAGAAGACAGAUGAACACGCAGACUUCAAAGAAUUUUUAAAGAAGCUGGCAUCUGACCCUCGAUGUAAAGGAAUGCCCCUUUCCAGCUUCCUGCUGAAGCCCAUGCAGAGGAUCACCCGCUACCCCCUCCUCAUCAGAAGUCCCCCUAUCUUCCAGAUUCUGGAGAACACCCCAGAAAAUCACAUAGACCACUCCUCUCUGAAGCUGGCCCUCGAGCGGGCAGAGGAGCUCUGCUCGCAAGUUAAUGAAGGAGUUCGGGAGAAGGAAAAUUCAGACCGACUGGAGUGGAUCCAGACUCAUGUGCAGUGUGAAGGUCUCGCGGAGCAACUUGUUUUCAACUCCCUCACCAACUGCCUGGGGCCCCGCAAGCUCCUGCACAGCGGAAAGCUGUACAAGACCAAGAGCAACAAGGAGCUGCAUGGGUUCCUCUUCAAUGACUUCCUGCUUCUCACCUACAUGGUCAAGCAGUUUGCUGUUUCCUCGGGCUCCGAGAAACUUUUCAGCUCUAAGUCCAACGCUCAAUUCAAAAUGUAUAAAAUGCCCAUUUUCCUGAAUGAAGCCUUGGUGAAACUGCCCACAGACCCUUCCAGCGAUGAGCCUGUCUUCCACAUUUCUCACAUUGACCGGGUCUACACCCUCCGAACAGACAACAUUAACGAGAGGACGGCCUGGGUCCAGAAGAUCAAGGCGGCAUCUGAGCAGUACAUCGACACCGAAAAGAAGAAACGGGAGAAGGCUUAUCAAGCUCGCUCUCAAAAGUCUUCAGGCAUCGGGCGUCUGAUGGUGCAUGUCAUUGAAGCUACAGAACUAAAAGCCUGUAAACCAAAUGGAAAGAGCAAUCCAUACUGUGAAAUCAGCAUGGGCUCCCAGAGCUACACCACCAGAACCCUUCAGGACACACUAAAUCCCAAGUGGAAUUUUAACUGCCAGUUCUUUAUUAAGGAUCUUUAUCAGGAUGUGCUGUGUCUUACCAUGUUCGACAGAGACCAGUUUUCACCAGAUGAUUUCCUGGGUCGCACUGAAGUUCCAGUGGCAAAAAUUCGAACAGAACAGGAAAGCAAAGGCCCUACAACCCGCCGACUGCUGCUGCAUGAGGUCCCCACCGGGGAGGUCUGGGUCCGCUUUGACCUGCAGCUUUUUGAGCAAAAAACUGUUCUGUAGGGGCCUUAGGGAUCUGCCCACUAGGCUGGGGCUGGAGAAGAUAGCCGGUGCUGCCCCUGAGCUGGCGGAGCGUCACGCCGCUUCAUCCAUCACAAGGCCACACGUGCUGGGGCCUCUAUUUUAUUGCACAGUAAAUCGCUAGCAAUCUAUGCAAACAUGACCUUCCCUAUAAAUAAACCAAACCCCAUAGCACAGUGCCUUGUAUUAGUGUUAACAUGUUCGGCUGUGUUUAGAUGCCACGAUUUCCAUUUUCAGGGCUAUAAAAAGUAUUACGUGGAAAUGAGGCAUCAGACCACCAGACGUUACCACUUGGUUGAAUGUGUCCACUGUGGGUGGUUUGGGUGACGCUGUAACCAUUCCACACCACGUGACCUCUGCCGGGUCACAGCCACUCAGGAGGUGAAGGACUGGGAAGAAAUGCUGCAGCCUCAGCGUGGGAACAGCCUGAUUACGGAAAUAGUGUCCACUUGUGCACUGAAUAAAAACAGAAACUUGAUCAUUUUAUUCCUGAUUAGAUUUUAUCAUUCUCUGCUGAGACAAUAUAGUUUGAAAUCUAAGGGGGAAAGCUUGAUUUACUUUAAAUACUGUGAACUCUAAUGAUGUGGAAAAUAUUUUUCAACGUUAAUUUUCUGAAGUAUAAAUUAUUUAUGUAAAUUCCUUGUUUUUGCGUAUGUCAUAGGACAUGCAUCUUUAAGCUUUAUCAUUGCCAACAUGUACAGAAAGAGAAUAAAAAUGUAAGUUUAUGAAUGUAACUUCAAAGCCUGACUGAUUUACUUUCUAUGUGAAAGGCUUUUAAAAGGUAAUUUCAGGGACUGCUUGUAAUGAAUCCAAAUCUCCUUUCUGCAACGGUGAGAAAAACCAAGGACAGAAUGUGGCGGGGGAGUAGUCAGGAGACCCCAGAGCCUCGUCUGACUGCCAUUGACUUGCUCUGUGACUCUGGUCACUUUACCUCCUGUUUCUGGGGCUUGGUUUCUUUGAUGGCUAGAAUGGAUGAUCUCUGGGGGAGCUAGAGCGAUCCCUUUUGAGUGCCUCUGUUUGCCUAGCUGAGCAGACAGCUCAGGGGUAACUCAGCCAUGAAGAAAACGCACAGGUAUUAAAGGUCAUCAGCGGUCCCUCAGCCCCUCCAGCCCCAGAAGCACCUGUCUCCCUCCCCCUGCCCGCAUGCUGCCAGAGACACAUCCACACCUCUGAGCUGUUUACUCAGCCUCUGGAUUUUGAAAUUUGAACUCUGUCUUGAACACUGAUAAAAAUAAGGUCUUUCUUACACACUAAAUCCCUGGGUUAGUGAGUACAACUGGGAAAAGAUCUGCCUUUUGAAAGGAAUCACACAGGCUGAAGAAGCCCUGAUUUCUCAGGGAGCAGGUGUUCCAGGUUCUCUAGCAGCUAGAAGGAAGGAUUCAAAUGUCCCCUCACCACAGCCCCUGUUUCUGCCUAAGAAUAAUCACUGGACAAAGAAAAACUGGAAAACAAUUCAGAAUAUUCAAGGAAAAAAAUCAUCAUUCCAGGUAUUGCUCCUGGGCACUGAUGGGCUAAAACACAGACCUAAAAGAAAUACGCCCCAGUGUCAAAGGAAGAGACCCUCAAUAUCUGAACCCAGACAAUUAAGAAUGUUGCUCAAUUUAGGGAAAGUCUGGCUGCUCAGGCUCAGCCGCACUGAGCAAAGCAAACUGCUGAUCUUCUACAGGGUUCUGAGACUCGAGCUGUGUUGGUUAUGGAGGCAGGUGUGGGCUGAUGUUCACAAGUCUGCCUCUGACCAGCUGACUUUCAAAGCAUACAGCUGCCACUGAUGGGUCAGGCAGGCUUAAAACCAGUCCUGGGGUUACCUGUGACCAUAGCUAUAGGAUCAUCCUUUCCUGGGACUGUGGGACUUCCUCACUGGGAUGAACUGUGGCUAGUGUCAUGUCUCCAUGUCUAGAUAUGUUAGCAUUCUUGUGGGACUUAGGACAGAGGAGCCUGCAAGAGGUGAGUCAGACAACUAUGAAGUUACAGAGGAUAGUUAGUUAAUGGCAGUACGUCCAGCAAGUCCAGUCACCCCCUUUGAUGGAGGAACAUGGCACUGCUCCGUAAGAAAUCACAUUCUCUCCUGACAAAAACGGGAGCCUGAUUUUCUGAAGGGCGAGGAAGGGACUACCUUACAAUACCUACCCCUCCAGGGGAAGGACUGAGUGGCUGGAGGAGGGCCCAGCAAGCCCCUCCUGUGCUUUUCAGGAUCAGGGUGCCCAGGCGGGCAAGCGGGACAGCUCCACCCUCUGAAAGGGGACCCAAAUUCUGAGCAGUCUAACAUCACAAAGUCCGAGUGGCUUCGAGGAGAUCGAGUGCCCUGGUGAAUGACCGUGUGCUUUGGCACCAGAGGGACUGGACGUGGGGUAGAGAACACCGCCACUUUCAAACCGUGCUGCUGACCUGGAGCGAGUUAGCAAACCUCUGAGCUUUGUGUAAUGGGAGAUGAUAAUACUGCCUUGCUGGGAAAUAUUUUAAAUGAAUACACAAUACCUCACGCAGUUCCUGAUUCACAAGGAGAGCUCAAUAAACAGUAACUUAUUUGGAUAUUCCUCAGUUUAGGGAAAGUCUGGCUGGUCAGGCUGAGCUGCACUGAGCAAAGCAAACUGCUGAUCUUCUACUUUCUAUUUCUUUCUUCUGUUUUUCCACUUCUGGAGAGAAAAAAUGUUGGCA